AGAGUGUAGAAGCUGUGAGAGGACUCUGCGUUUUCGUACCCUGCACUUUUACAAUUCACAGCAGGUUUGAUGCAGACCUCCAGGGAGAUCCUAAAGGAAUGUGGCGUAAAGAUGGCACUACGGAAGAUCAGACAGUCUUUGACUCCACAACACCUGAAAACAACAAGAUUAAAGGGGAAAUAACUGGAGAUCUCAGAAUGAAGGACUGCACCACCAUCUUCAACAGUGUCAAUAAGGGUGACAGUGGGAGAUAUUACUUCAGAAUAGAGUCAGGAGAACUGAAAUACACUUACACAACUGCAUCUGUUUAUAUAAAUGUCAGUGACUCUCCCCCCAAACCCACAUUGAGUCUAUACAGAGAUCAGAUGGAGGUGCAGGAUCGGAGGAUGUUGGAGGGCAGCUCUGUGAGUUUGUUCUGCUCUGCUUUUUCUCCGUGUCCCACUCAGCCCCCCACAUUAUCAUGGAGCCCCCUGCCCACAAACAGCAGCCAGGAGCAGAACCAAAACACCAGCUUCAUCUCCUCUCAGCUGAACUUCAUCACUACUCACCUUCAUCAUAAACUCAGAUUCAACUGCACUGCCACCUACCAGCUGGAGAAUAAUGACAUCAAAACCACCCAGCGCUCCGUUGUUUUACGAGUCCUGUAUGCUCCCAGGAACACAUCUGUAUCAGUGUCUUCGUCUGGUCCAGUGAUGUUUGGCAGUUCAGUGACUCUGAACUGCAGCAGUGAUGGAAACCCAGCAGUGAACUACACCUGGUACAGAGAGAAUGGAGAGCAGAUAGAGACCGGACCCUCUCUCACCAUCACUGAGACUGAUGAUACACACAGUGGUGUAUACUACUGUAGAGCUCAGAACCAACAUGGAGCUCAAAACUCAUCUGUACAGCUGGACAUUCAGUAUGCUCCCAGGAACACCUGUGUCAGUGUCUCCAUCUGGUCCAGUGAUGUUGGGCAGUUCAAGGUCUCUGAGCUGCCCAACACCUGUGUCAGUGUCUCCAUCUGGUCCAAUGCUCCUAAGAACACAUCAGUAUCAGUGUCUCCAUCUGGUCCAGUGAUGGGCAGGUCAGUAUCUCUGAACUGCAGCAGUGAUGGAAACCCAGCAGUGAACUACAACUGGUAUAGAGAGAAUGGAGAGCAGGUAGAGACCGGACCCUCUCUCACCAUCAACAAGACUGAUGAUACACACAGUGGUUUAUACUACUGUAGAGCUCAGAACCAACAUGGAGUUCAAAACUCAUCUGUGCAGCUGGACAUUCAGUAUGCUCCUAAGAACACAUCUGUAUCAGUGUCUCCUUCUGGUCCAGUGAUGUUGGGCAGUUCAGGGUCUCUGAACUGCAGCAGUGAUGGAAACCCAGCAGUGAACUACACCUGGUACAGAGAGAAUGGAGAGCAGAUAGAGACCGGACCCUCUUUCACCAUCACUGAGACUGAUGAUGCACACAGUGGUUUAUACUACUGUAGAGCUCAGAACCAACAUGGAGCUCAAAACUCAUCUGUGCAGCUGGACAUUCAGUAUGCUCCCAGGAAAACGUCAGUGUCAGUGUCUCCAUCUGGUCCAGUGAUGUUGGGCAGGUCAGUGACUCUGAACUGCAGCAGUGAUGGAAACCCAGCAGUGAACUACACCUGGUACAGAGAGAAUGGAGAGCAGAUAGAGACCGGACCCUCUCUCACCAUCAACAAGACUGAUGAUACACACAGUGGUUUAUACUACUGUAGAGCUCAGAACCAACAUGGAGCUCAAAACUCAUCUGUGCAGCUGGACAUUCAGUAUGCUCCUAAGGACGUGUUAGUGUCUCCAUCUGGUCCAGUGAUGUUGGACAGUUCAGUGACUCUGAACUGCAGCAGUGAUGGAAACCCAGCAGUGAACUACACCUGGUACAGAGAGAAUGGAGAGCAGAUAGAGACCGGACCCUCUCUCACCAUCAACAAGACUGAUGAUACACACAGUGGUUUAUACUACUGUAGAGCUCAGAACCAACAUGGAGCUCAAAACUCAUCUGUACAGCUGGACAUUCAGUAUGCUCCCCAGAAUGAUCUCUUCUUCCACUGUAACAGCAGCAGUGAAGGUGGGAUUGUGUGUGUCUGUGAGGUUCAUGGACGUCCUGUUCCUAAACUGGAGUGGCGUCUGUCUGAUCAAGCUGUCCCACCCUCUGAGAACUCAUCCGUCAGGGAGGAGUCUGUGGGCCGCACGGGCCUGAGGAGUUUGAUCUACAUCCAUCAAUCAUGUACAGGCACUCUGCAGUGUAUCAGCACCAAUAGGCUUGGCAGCACCUCUCAGCUGUUCUACUCUGUGGCUACUCAUCACUGUUCAUCAGCAGGUCCUUUCCACAUUCUCUCUAUACUGGUUGGUGCUGCUGUUGGAGCUUCUGCAGUGAUGAUCCUGUGUGCCAUAUUUUUGUGCAGAAGGAGAGCGCAUCACAAACCUACAAAAGAAGAAACUGAAGGACUUGUUUUAAGCGAUAGGGCUGUUUGUCAGGAAGAGGAGGAAGUGGAGUCCAUAUAUGCCAACAAAAAUAUGUUAUCAUCCACAUCCAAACUACCGCUCAUUAGGAAUAACCCGGACAGUCUCCACUACUCCACCAUCUACUUCCCAAAUGGCAAAGAAGGGUCAGGCGAAAUCAGGGGUCUUUCCUCUCUUACGCCUGAGUACGCCACCAUCCGGCAAAGCUCGAGAAAAGACCCUGAGAGAGAGACCACAGAGGCACAAAACUCAGCUGCCACUGAGGAAGAACAAACCAAACCAGAGACGGUGAGUGGAGAAGAGAUCAUACAGCCUGCAAACGAGGAGACAACAUAUGGAAACAUCGUCCGUCACAAGACCCCUCAGUCAGAUUUGGACCCUGGUGUGGAAAAAGAGCAAUCAGAGACAAAACCAACAGAUCCAGAGCAGCUCACAGACGUAGAUGGAGCUGAAGGUGUUUAUGCACAAGUUAAACAUCAGAAACAAGAACCCAAAGUGUCAAAGUGCUAAAAUCAUGAGGCCUCACUUUGUGAGUGAUGCUGCAAACUGACUGGAAGUGACCUUCAUAUCACUCGCUGGGUUUUUUCCAUAUAGGUAAAAGCAAAAUGGUAACACUUUAUUUGAAGGUUACCUACAAAGAGACUUCAUAACACAUGCAUAAGCAUUAUAAAACAUGUAUAAAGCAUUACUUGAGAAUUUAUGAA